UCGUUUCAAAACACCACCCUUCCACUAUAUAAACCAUCUCCGACCCUCUUUGGUCUCUCCAUCAUUAAUUCUCAUUACAGAAACCCUAAAUUUCACUCAAAGAAUGGAUUCUAAACGCACACACGCCCUUCUUAUAAUCUCUCUGGUUUCAUCUCUCUUUCUGUCCACAUCUCUUUCUCGUCCGCUCGAUGAAGAGCUAAUGAUGCUGAAAAGGCAUGAAGAGUGGAUGGCGAAGCAUGGCCGUGUCUACUUAGACGCAAAAGAAAAGGAGAGACGUUACACUAUAUUCAAACUGAACGUUGAACGUAUAGAAACGCUGAACAAUGACAAUGUGCCUGAAAGGAAGUUUAAACUCGGUGUAAAUCAGUUUGCUGAUCUUACCAAUGACGAGUUCCGUUCUAUGUACACUGGUUAUAAGGGACAGCACUCUACAGAUGUAAUAACCGAUGAACUGAAGACAACGUCGUUCAUGCAUCAAAACGUGUCAUUGAGGGCUUCGCCGGUCUCUUUGGAUUGGAGGAAGAAAGGAGCUGUCACUCCUAUCAAGAAUCAAGCUAGUUGUGGAUGUUGUUGGGCAUUUUCAGUGGUGGCGGCGAUAGAGGGGGCAACGAAGAUCAAGAAGGGGAAACUCAUCUCGCUGUCGGAACAACAAUUAGUAGAUUGCGACAAGUACGACUACGGUUGCGAGGGCGGUCUUUUGGACACGGCGUUUGAACACAUCAAGGAAAGCCACGGCCUCACCACCGAAGCCAAUUAUCCUUACAACGGUGAAGACGGUACCUGCAAUUCCAAGAAAGCCUCGGCCAAAGCAGCCACCAUCACAGGGUAUGAGGAUGUGCCGGCUAAUGACGAAAAGGCGUUGAUGAAGGCAGUGACGAACCAACCAGUGAGCGUUGCGAUCGAAGGGGGAGGGUUCGAGUUUCAGUUUUAUUCGUCGGGUGUAUUCACGGGACAGUGUGGGACCGAUCUCGACCAUGCAGUGGCAGUGGUCGGAUACGGCGAAACCGUGGAUGGAACAAAGCAUUGGAUCAUAAAGAACUCGUGGGGAGAACACUGGGGAGAGAGUGGAUACAUGAGGAUACAGAAAGAUGUCAAAGACAAGCAAGGGCUCUGUGGUCUCGCCAUGAAGGCUUCUUAUCCCAUUGUCUGAACAAAUAUGAUCACGUGAAUAUGUAUGUGUGUGUGUGUGUGUGUAUAUAUCAAGAACAAGCAUUAGAUUAUUCAUGUAAAAUAAGUGUAAAGAUUGAAAAUUUGGGUUCUCUUUGGUUGGUUCCAUGUAUAUAUGUAGGUUGCUGGUGUACAUUAUUAAUUUGUCUCGUUAAUGAAUUAUUAGAUUAUGUU